GGUUGGUUCUGAGAAGGCUUCAAGGAGAAGGCAGACAUUUCAGCAAGGCUGCUGAGGAAGGAUAGGCUGUGGAAAUUAGGAUGCAGUGCUCCUGCCCGGGUCCCGCCUCGGGGUCGCCAGGACCUGAACCCCAACGCCGGCAGAAGUCGCGCCUGCGCACGGCCCUGUGGAGCCGCAGAGGGAGGGGAAGGAGAACAGGGCGGAGGCGGAGUCAGGGCGCCCGCGCGUGGGCCCCGCCCCCUUAUGUCGGGUAUAAAGCCCCUCCCGCUCACAGUUUCCCUAGUCCUCGAAGGCUCGAAAGCUCGUCACCAUGUCGUGCGAGUCGUCUAUGGUUCUCGGGUACUGGGAUAUUCGUGGGCUGGCGCACGCCAUCCGCCUGCUCCUGGAGUUCACGGAUACCUCCUAUGAGGAGAAACGGUACACGUGCGGGGAAGCUCCUGACUAUGAUCGAAGCCAAUGGCUGGAUGUGAAAUUCAAGCUAGACCUGGACUUUCCUAAUCUGCCCUACCUCCUGGAUGGGAAGAACAAGAUCACCCAGAGCAAUGCCAUCUUGCGCUACAUCGCUCGCAAGCACAACAUGUGUGGUGAGACUGAAGAAGAAAAGAUUCGAGUGGACAUCAUAGAGAACCAAGUAAUGGAUUUCCGCACACAACUGAUAAGGCUCUGUUACAGCUCUGACCACGAAAAACUGAAGCCUCAGUACUUGGAAGAGCUACCUGGACAACUGAAACAAUUCUCCAUGUUUCUGGGGAAAUUCUCAUGGUUUGCCGGGGAAAAGCUCACCUUUGUGGAUUUUCUCACCUAUGAUAUCUUGGAUCAGAACCGUAUAUUUGACCCCAAGUGCCUGGAUGAGUUCCCAAACCUGAAGGCUUUCAUGUGCCGUUUUGAGGCUUUGGAGAAAAUCGCUGCCUACUUACACUCUGAUCAGUUCUUCAAGAUGCCCAUCAACAACAAGAUGGCCCAGUGGGGCAACAAGCCUGUAUGCUGAGCAGGAGGCAGACUUGCAGAGCUUGUUUUGUUUCAUCCUGUCCCUAAGGGGUCAGCACUCUUGCUUUGCUCUUUUCAAUAAAUAGCACUUAUGUUA